AUGGGGUCCACACGCCGAGAUCGUAAGGCCGCGGAGCCCGCGGCCGCGGAGCCCGCGACGGCGGGGAAAAGAGGCGCGCCCGCGCCCGCGGAGGACGAGCCCGACGCGAAGGCGGCGAAGAAAGCAGAGCCGGAGCCCGCGGCGAAGGACGUCGCGCCGGACGAGGCGGCUCCGAUGGACGCCGAUCAGGAGGGCGGCGACGCCGACGCCGAAGGCGACGAGGCCGCGAAGGGCGCGCCCGUGCGACGAAGCGGCCGCGCGCGCAACCCCGUCCGCAAGGCGAGGGAUCCCCCGAAGAAACCCGACGCGCAAAAAAUUCCGUCGCACACGUACGUGGAGAACGAGCUCCUCGCGCCGCACCUGAAAGAGGUGGGGAACUUGCUCGAGGUCAAGAUCCCCGCGGAGUGCUGCGCGUCGACGAACCAGCACGUCAAGUCGAGGCAGCUGUGGGGCACGGACGCGUACACGUCGGACAGCGACAUCGUCGCCGUGCUCGCGCACCUGGGGUACUACCUCCCGGGCGUGAGCAUCCCGCCGACGCUCUUGGAGUUGAGGGCGACGAUUCGAGCGACGGAGCCGUCGGAGACGUUCCCGAGCACGAGCAGGAACGGGAUCCGAUCGCGGUCGUGGGGCGCGCUUCGAGAUGGUAACCUCGGGUACGAGGUCGAGAGCUGCAAGGCGAUGACCGUGGACGGCAAGGCGAUCGAGUUGCACGCGGACGCCAAUCGCAUCCCGACGCCGUGCCCAACGUUUUUUCCAAACACCGUGGAAUCCGUUGUGCACACGCGGAGCAGCCGCGAUAACGACGAGCGGAAGAAACGGAUGAUUCAGCAGGUCACGAUCCAGUACAACUUGUGUAACGAGCCGUGGCUGAAGUACAACAUAGCCGCGGUCGCGGACCAGGGUUUUAAACGGUCGCAGUGGACGUCCGCGCGGCUUCGAAAGGAGACGUUGUAUUUAGAGUCGCACUCGACGCGGUACGAGCUGUCGUGCGAGACAGAGCUGGACGAGGAAGGCGUCCCGGUCGGGAUGGCGGACGGGGGGGAGGCGCCGGAGGACACGUACAGAUGGGCGCGGUGUAACGCGCCGCUGCCGCUCGAGAACGUCCGCGCGCUCGGCGUGCCGUUGCCGACGAGCGAACUCUCGGACGUGCAGGCGGGGUUGACGUGGGAUCAGAUCGCGUUCGGGUUGAAUUUCGUCGAGGUGAAGGGGGUUCAGACGAAGGUGGUUCGGCUUCAGUACCUGCCGAAGAUGGAGGCGGACUGA